CUCCAGUGUGUGCCUGGCGUCCGAGUAGAAAGGUUGCAUACGUGUAGAUCUUCAAUACUUGCAUCAAAUCUGUAUUGUUAAUAUGGACAGCCAGUGGACGCUCAGUAACCCUGUGUUCCGGACGUGGGCGCUAAGCUCAUCCAUCCUGGCGGUGAAGCUGCUACUCAUGGCGCUCUUCACGGCCCGUCACCGCAUUGCCAAGAAGGUCUUCGCCAACGCCGAAGACGCACGCAUCGCCAACGGCAAAGUGAAGACCGACGAAGACGUCGAGCGCGUCAGACGAGCUCACCUGAACGACCUCGAGAACAUCCCUGCCUAUUGGAUCAUCUCACUCAUAUUCGUACUCACAGAACCAGCGGCGUUCACAGCAAAGGUCUGCUUCUACGGCUUCACCGCCGCCCGGGUCUUGCACACGUUCUUCUACCUGAACAGCGUGAUGCCGUUCAGGGGCAUCAGCUUCAUUAUUGGGCAGAUUCUUAAUGCAUUCAUGGCUAUUAGAUGCGUCAUCUUCUUCAUCUAGAUGCAUCAUAAAUGCAUCAUCUUCUUCCUCUAGAUGCAUCAUAAAUGCAUCAUCUUCUUCCUCUAGAUGCAUCAUCUUCUUCCUCUAGAUGCAUCAUCUUCUUUCUCUAGAUGCAUCAUCUUCUUCCUCUAGAUGCAUCAUCUUCUUUCUCUUGAUGCAUCAUCUCCUUUCUCUAGAUGCAUUAUCUUCUUCCUAUAGAUGCAUCAUCAUCUUCCUCUAGAUGCAUCAUAAAUGCAUCAUCUUCUUCCUCUAGAUGCAUCAUCUUCUUCCUCUAGAUGCAUCAUCUUCUUUCUCUAGAUGCAUCAUCUUCUUCCUCUAGAUGCAUCAUCUUCUUUCUCUAGAUGCAUCAUCUUCUUCCUCUAGGUGCAUCAUCUUCUUCCUCUAGAUGCAUCAUCUUCUUCCUUUGGAUGCAUCAUCAUCAUCCUCUAGAUUCAUCAUCAUCUUCCUCUAGAUGCAUCAUCUACUUCUCGAUGUAUCAUCUACUUCUCUUCCUCUAGAUGCAUCAUCUUCUCCCUCUAGAUGCAUCAUCUUCUUCCUCUAUAGAUGCAUCAUCUACUUCUCGAUGUAUCAUCUUCUUCCUCUAGAUGCAUCAUCUUCUUCUCCCAGAAAGAAUUACUGGUGUAUUGGGCUGGUUUUGCGCCAUUAUAUUAUUGAUGAAAUGACAAGUUAUCUUCCGUAAUUUACUUGAUUACUUUUACUUCGAUUUCAGAGUUUAAGAUGAGUAGUAUUUGUGCGGUAGUAAUUAAAGAAUAGGUGAUAAUGAUAUUUAAUAUCGAUUCUUUGUGGUGAAAUAUUGAAAUACUUUUGAUACGGGGCUUACAAUAAACUGAUUUCCAGA